CUGAUUACCUUCCCUUUUUUUAUUUUUCUUCACUUUCUCUCUCCUAAAAAACCCCCACCAUUUUCUCUCUCCUCGUCGAAAAACUCCCUCCCUUUUCGAUCUCGAUUCUCAGACUUCCAAGUUCGAAUCUUUUCAACUCAAUUUGCAAAUUCUGCUGCAAUUUUAGUCUGGAAACUGGAAAUCAAGCUUGUUUUGGUUCUUUAGUAGUUGAGUUUGAUGCGAAGUUUGAGCUCUUGGAGUUAAAAAUUGGGCGAAAUUAGCUCAAUUUGCUGCUGAGUUUUGCUUCAAGUUUACAGAAUUGUUCAAUUUUGCUGCUGUUUUAUGGAGAAGAAAGUUGUUUAUGGCUGCUCAGUGAAUUCCAGGGUUUGUUAGUUUGAAGUAAUUUGCAUGGUGUUUUCCAGAAUCUGUGAUUUUUUCACUUGCUGAAGUUAGGGUUUCGGCGAAUUAGCUUAAUCUAUUACUCAAUUGAUCAAAUUUCAACGUUUUAGCUUAAUUCAGUGGAAUCUAGGGUUUACAAUUUUGGUGAAAUUUCCAGAGAAUUUAUGGUUUUGCGAGGAUUCGAUAACUCGAAGUAUAUGAAUUAGGGUUUAGGAGUUGGUGGAAGAAGAAUAAGAUGUUUUAUUCUCAGUUUAUUUUGGCCAAGAAAGGGCCUUUGGGGACGAUAUGGAUUGCAGCUCAUUUGGAGCGGAAGCUUCGGAAGAAUCAAGUUGCUGAUACUGAUAUUGGCGUCUCUGUUGAUUCAAUACUGUUCCCAGAAGUACCAAUCGCACUCCGGUUGUCUAGCCAUUUGCUGCUUGGUGUUGUUAGGAUAUAUUCCAAGAAAGUGAAUUACCUCUUUGAUGAUUGCAGUGACGCUUUGCUUAAAGUCAAGCAAGCAUUUCGCUCUGCAGCAGUUGAUCUACCUCCUGAACAGUCCAAAGCACCGUACCAUUCCAUUACUUUGCCAGAGACCUUUGAUCUUGAUGAUUUUGAGUUGCCCGACAAUGAAACAUUUCAGGGCAACUUUGUCGAUCACCAUAUUAGUACAAGAGAGCAAAUUACUCUCCAGGACAGUAUGGAUGGUGCGACUUUUACAACAUCACAAUUUGGUCCUGAUGAGCGUUUUGGUGAUGGUGAUGCAUCUCAGAUUGGUUUAGACCUUGAUGAGGAGUUAUUUAUGGACAAGGAAAAUGCUCCAGGAACAAGUGGAAUUUUGGUUGACACAGAUGCUGGUCUUCAGGCAUCAACAAAAGAAUCCUCACCUUUCAAAGACGACGAGGAUAAUGAGGGGGUUUCUGAUCCUCCAUUGACUUUAAACACUAAUAACUUUACUAUCCAGGCACCUUCUACUCCAGGAUUAACGGAAGAACCAAACUUGCCUGGCGAUAAAGAGGAAAUACAGGUCAGUGAUGAUCAUAUGGAUGAGGACCAAAACCCUUGUGAGCUAGUUGCAAAAGAAGUGUCUGGAACUGCUUCGAGUCCCGUGGAGCCCUCUGACGUAGGUGGUGCUGAGCACCAUUUUAAUGGAGAUGUUCAUUUCAUGGACGAGCAGGAUGAUGAGAAAGAAGAAACACUUAAUACUGAAUCAAUGGACUACAUCCCCUCUGGUUUUUCUCAGCCUGCUACCGUUGAUGAGCAUAUAGAGGUAACCAACGGUCAUGAUAAUGCGGAGAAUCAAAGAAUAGCUGCUGAUGUGGAUUCCAAAGGAUGCUUUGAUGUUAAUGAAGUAAGUAUGAAUGGGACUGCUGUCCCAGUCCCUGAAAAUGCCGAUGUUGUGGAGCUUCAAGACUGUGACCCGCUUGCUGGCUGCAACAACACUGAUCUUAAUGACAUUGACACUUAUCAUCCACUACAUGACAGCGGAGAAGAAAAUAAUAAAUCAUCUGUAGGUCCCACCGUUCUUGGCACCGUGGAAGCUGUUACUAGUGGUUCUGAACAUCAGAAUUCAUUUCAAUCUUGUUUAAACCUGGAAAAUACCGCGAUCUCAGAAUCCGACAUUGAUGAAAAGCCACCAGGCUUUGCUAUUCCCGUGCUUCAGGCGUGUACUUCCAAAGUCCAUGCUUGCGAAGAUGCGGGUAAUGUGUUUGAUGCCUCCAACCUCCCGAUUCAAGACGAUGGGCUGAGUUCAUUUGGGAUCUCUGAAAGGGAAGAUGCAACUGAUGUUUCUGUGAUUUCAGCAAGUGUCCAAGAUGUAGUGGAACCAAUCUCAAAUGCAGACCAGGUAGCUCAUGGAUUUCCCUGUGCUACUGACAUCAACUUAGGAGGGCUAUCAGACAACUUAACCGCAGAAGAACAUCAUCUAGAAAAAGGGAAUAACUUGCAGCUUUCUGAUUUCCCGCACCCUGAAGUGCUGCUUUCAAUGCCAAACCUGCCUCCUGGCAUAUCUGGCAACUUCUUUGUUGAUUCUACUCCUGGUAAAGAACUUCUUGCAAAGGAUGUUGAUGCUACUGAUGAUAACGCCAUAUCUGGGAGGAAAAGAAGUUUUACCGAGAGUACAAUGACUUUUCAAAGCCUUAAUUCAGUUGUGUCUUCUGGUGGAGCUCAGUCCAAAGGAACUGUGGAAUCGGUUCCUAAUGACAACGAUUUGUUAUCUUCUAUUUUAGUAGGUAGAAAGUCUUCAACAUUCAAAAUGAAGCCUACACCCAUUCCUGAUACAGUUCGUGCAAAGCGCCAGCGGACUGCAGUUCGCUCUGUUCCUGUGAAGCGGAAAGUUCUUGUGGAUGAUUCUACAGUACUGCAUGGCGACACGAUAAGGCAGCAACUAACUGAAACAGAAGAUAUACGCCGUGUGAGGAAGAAAGCUCCGUGUACGAAACAUGAAGUUUGGGUGCUUCAGAAACGGUUUUUGGAGGAUGAUAUUUUCAAUCAACCUGCAUUUACAGGAAUGUUCCCCUCCUUGAGAUCAAUUGAUAAUGAGGCAUUUGAUCUGAAUCGAAUCAGAAUUUAUCAAGAUGAAGCAAACAAAGGAGUAAGUGAGACCAACACCACACUUGUUGGGGAAACUGAAGUUGUGGGGAUUGCUGUGCCCUCCUUUACUGACAUCUCCACAAGGCUUGAUGAAGAAACUGAAGCUGUGGGGACUAUCGAACCAUCUAUUGCUGUUGGUGAGGAAUUGCAAGGGCAUGGUGGUAAUUUGUUGGAAACUCCAUGCGAACAAGAAUCACCAUUCGUCGUAGUUGAUAAUGAGGUCUCAAAACAGAUAUCACCACAUGAUGCCUCCAUGAAAGAGUUUGGUAUCAUAUUUGAUGAUGUAAGAUCUCCAGUUGGCGGUGAAGCAAUUCAUUCCAUUGCUUCAGGGGAUGAGCCAGUAUCUUCACUUGAUCAUGUUCCUAAAGUUAAUUUCAACUCAACAGAGGGUACUAAUGGCAAUUCACCUUCACUUGACAAAUCUAGCGAUGUCAUAGCCCCUAAGCAUGUUGAUGCAUAUGCAUCAGGCCAAAUACUCGAUGAGAGGUGUGUUACAGAAUGUACAGUUCGUGAUGCCUCAACAGCAGAGGAUGUUUCCGGAUCAGGUAUACGUGAUCAAGCGGUAGAUGCCGGUGUCUCUGAGAACGUUGAUUUAGAUGAAAGAUCAGAUGGUGUAAGGGAAGGUGUUGUUGAUAUAAAUAUAAGUACGGGGCAUUUCGAGGAUACUUGCUCUUUGGCUGUUCAUGAUGUAUCUGACUCUAUUGCCAUUGAAGACAAGGCUUUCCCAACAUCGGAUCAAGUUGUUGAAGAUUGUCAUCCGGAUGAGCUUGUAAUUUCAAAUAAGGACGAAACCUUCAAUGAGGAUGUGAAAUUAGAUUUGCCAUAUUCAGUAGAAGCUGACUUAAACCCUAAUAUCACCAUAUUAAAUGAGAGGGAAGGGCUACAGUUCUGGGAAGCUGACCCAAAGAUGAUCAUUGACUCCCCUCCCAUUCAUUCUGAGUUUAUUGACACCAGAAGCAAUGCAGAGUUUGAGACGGAUGCCAUUGAGCAUGACACAGACUUCUUGAAUGUCGAUGACGAUGACGUCGCAGAAGAUUAUGAAAGUGAUAUGCCUAAUCCUGACGAGAAACGCAUUCUAGACAACAGCGGCUGGUCUUCUCGUACCAGAGCUGUUGCCAACUAUCUUCAAGUCUUGUUCGAAAAGGAAUCUGAUCACACAAAGAAGGUCAUCUCCUUGGACAGCCUGUUGGUUGGGAAAACUCGUAAAGAAGCUUCAAGAAUGUUUUUCGAGACAUUGGUCCUGAAAACUAAAGAUUACAUACAAGCAGAGCAGGAAACCUCUUUCUGUGACAUUAAAAUAAACCCUAGAGGGAAACUCCUUGAAUUCUGAUUCCGAUACACAAAAGGAAGGGUAGAUUGGUGAAUAGCCGUGUAAUCCUAGUUAGUUGACGUAGCUUAGAAUUCGGGAUCAUGUUUCUCCCUUGAUUUAUUCUUUGUCUAAGUUAUAUUAUGCCUUUUUCCUUCUAUUUUUUUCGGGUGGUUAGUAGGUUUACAAGGAGGGAAAUUUGUAAGGUUAUAUAUAGCAUGUGUAUCAUGGGUAGGCAUUUUGGAAUGUCUUGUAAUGUUAAUUCUGCAAUAAUAUUUGUAUAUAUUUAUACAUGAUGUAAAAUUGAUACUCAUGCAACUGGAGAUUUAUUGAUGAUCUAAUUGUUGUCCAGUUUUCUGUAAA